AUGUCGGUGGCUUUGGACCAGGGAUCGGCCCAUGGGGACAGCAAGGAGCCAGAACCCGGAUACGGACCUUUAGAUAGUGUUACAGGGUUGACCCAGGAGGCCACAGUGGACCCUGGGAACACUGGUGGGGAAGAGUUCCUCACGGCCUUCCUGCAGAACUCCCGGCCUGGGUACAGCACCGCCUCUCCCCACCUCUUCAUCUCCAGUCUGUCAGAGAGCACCGCCUCUGUCACCAUCCUCAGCCAGGCCGAUGCCAGCUCACAGAAGGUCGCAGUGAAGCCCAGGGAACAAGAUCCAAAACAGCUACCAACCAGAGUACCCCAGAGAUACAAAGCAGAGCACGCUCGGCUCUCCCCAGCAGAGGCUUCCUGCCAAGGCGUUCAGUGCGCAUCUGGACAGCGCUGCCAGAUGGUGAGCGGGAAGGCCAUGUGUGUGGCAGAGUCCACAGCUGUGUGCCGCGCCCAGGGUGAUCCCCAUUACACAACCUUCGAUGGCCGUCACUAUGACAUGAUGGGCACCUGCUCCUAUACCAUGGCUGAGCUGCAUAGCACCAAGAAAUCCCUGCUGGCCUUUAAAGUAGAAGCCAAAAAUGAGCACCGGGGCACCGACAAAGUCUCCUACGUGCGCUUGGUCACCGUCCACGCCUACAACCACACUGUGUCCCUGGCCUAUGGAGAAACAGGCAUUGCCCGGAUCGACUACCAGUACUCAAGCCUCCCGGCCUCCCUGAGUGAGGGUCGCCUGCGUGUGUACCAGAGCGGGACACGGGGUGUCAUAGAGCUGGACUUUGGACUGGUGGUCACCUAUGACUGGGAUGGCCAGCUGACACUGAGCCUGCCCAAGCACUUCCAAGACCAGGUGUGGGGGCUGUGUGGGAACUAUAACGGAGACCCCGCAGACGACUUCCUCACGCCCGACGGGGAGCAGGCUCCUGACGUCCUAAACUUCACCAAAAGCUGGAAGCUGGAUGACGGGGACUACCUGUGUGAUGACGGCUGCUACGGCAAUUGUCCCUCCUGCACCCCAAAGCAGUCUGAGAUCUUUAAGGGAGACCUCUUCUGCGGCUUGCUAGCCCUGUCGAUGGGCCCGUUUGCUGACUGCCAUGGCUUUCUGGAUCCCCAGCCUUUCCUGGAGGAAUGUGUGUAUGACAUGUGUGUGACCGGAGGGGAGCGCCUCACUCUGUGCCAUGGCCUCAGUGCCUACGCUAGAGCCUGUAUGGACCUGGGCGUCCCUGUCCGGGAAUGGAGGUCGCGAACCAACUGCCUCCUGUCCUGUCCAGCCAACAGCCACUACGAGCUCUGCAGCCCUGCCUGCCCAGCCUCCUGCAACUCAGAAGCCGCACCCGCCAACUGCUCUGAGCACCCCUGUGUGGAGGGCUGCGUCUGCCUUCCAGGCUUCGUGGCCAACCGAGGCCAUUGUGUGCCUGUGUCAUCCUGUGGCUGCACCUACCAGGGCCGCUUGCUGGCACCGGGGCAGGAGGUGUUUGCGGACGACCUAUGCCGGCAGCGCUGUACCUGUGAUGGGGCCACCCAGACGGUGACCUGCCAGGACACAUCGGGAUGUCUGUCUGGGGAGCGCUGCGGAGUACAGAAUGGCUUCUUGGGUUGCUACCCGGAAUACUUCCGCAGCUGCCAGGCGUCCGGGGACCCUCACUACAUGACCUUGGAUAUGCGGAGCUACAACUUCAUGGGUACCUGCACCUACAUGCUUAUCGCCUCGUGUGACCAGCACCCCUCCCUCCCCGACUUCAAAGUGGCUGUGGAAAACGAGCGUCGGGGAAGCCAGAGCGUGAGCUUUGUGCAUUCUGUGCAGCUGGAGGCCUAUGGAGUGAAGUUGGAGGUGCCCCGGGACUACCCAGGCAGAGUACUGCUGGAUGGCAUCAGUCACUACCUGCCCUUUCAAGCCGCAGGUGGGAAAAUCGUAGUGUUCCGCCAAGGCAGGUACGCCAUGCUGCGCACGAGCUUUGGCCUGACUGUCAGUUACAACUGGGACACGCACGUGACUGCCAAGGUGCCCAGCAACUACGCUAAAGCCGUGUGUGGGCUCUGCGGGAACUUCAACGGGGACCCUCAUGAUGACCUGGGUAUUCAGAGUAUGGGCGAAGCCCUUGACCCCCGAGACUUCGGGCGGAAGUGGCUGGUGACGGCAAAGCCCGGCUGCAGAACAGAUGAACAACUUGUGUGCCCCGACAUAAACAGCAAGUUGGUGGUGCAGAACAAGGAGAAGUGCCAGGUCCUCAGGGACAAGGACGGUCCAUUCAGGGACUGCAGGGAAGUAGGCUCGUUCAGCAAUGCCUUCAUAGAGUGUGUCUACGACAGCUGCCGCAUGCGGGGCCAAAUUAAGCCACUGUGUGACACACUGUCCACGUACACCGCCAUAUGCCAGGCCGAAGGCGUCACUGUGUAUCCCUGGAGGAGCGAGACUCUUUGCCCAAUGAAUUGCCCUCCUCACAGCCACUAUGAGCUGUGUCAUCGAGGCUGUCCGUUGACCUGCGGAGACUUGCCAGUGCCUGGUGGCUGUGACUCCAAUUGCCACGAGGCCUGUGUCUGUGAUGAGGGAUUUGUCCUCAGUGACGAGACUUGUGUACCCCUGGCCUCCUGUGGUUGCAUAUAUCAGGGCACUUACCACUCUGUGGGAGAUGACUUCUAUCCUGGACCUGAAUGCAAUUCCCUUUGCCACUGUCACAAGGGUGGCCUGGUGGCCUGCCAGCCCUCGUAUUGCAGCCCCCAUGAAAUCUGCAAGGUGUCCAAUGGCAUCCUGAGAUGCGUGGCUGUGGACUCAGCCACCUGCCAGGUAUCCGGAGCGUCGCAUUACACCACGUUUGACGGCCGGCGAUUUGACUUUAUGAGUAGCUGUGUGUUUGUGCUGACUCAGACCUGCUGGACCCGGCCCGGUCUGCAACAGUUCACCAUACUGCAGGAGAAGGCGGCGGCCUGGGACAGCACGCAGGUCGGUGUGAUCAAGAUGAUCACCAUCCAGGUGGGCAACCACACCCUGCAACUGCAGCAGAACCAAUGGAAGGUGAAGGUGAACGGCGUGGACAUGAAGAUGCCUGUCAUGCUGGACGGGGGCAGUGUCCUGGCCUUCCAGCAUGGCAUAGACGUGGUAAUCGAGACCAAAUUCGGCCUGCACGUGUCCUUCGAUCUCAACAACAACGUGCGUGUCACCAUCCCCCGUAACUACUAUAGACACAUGUGUGGCCUGUGUGGGGACUACAAUGAUGACCCCAAGAAUGACUUCCGGAAGUCCGAUGGCUCACAGGCAGCCAACCCCAUUGAGUUGGGUAACUCCUGGACACAGGCCGACCCAGACUCUUCCUGUAUACUCCCACCUGUCUGCAAACCAGAACAGGACUGCAAACCAAAGUGCAGCCCUGAGCUGGAGGACAAAUAUCACGGGCCACAGUUCUGCGGGCUGCUCACCAACCCCACGGGGCCGCUGGCUGCCUGCCACAAGCUGCUGGACCCUGAGGGUCCCUUGAAAGACUGCAUCUUUGACCUGUGCCUGGGUGGCGGGAACAUAAGCAUUCUCUGCAACAACAUCCACGCCUAUGUGAGCGCCUGCCAGGCAGCCGGAGUGAAAGUGGAGCCCUGGAGGACGGAAACCUUCUGUCCAAUGGAGUGCCCCCCUCACAGCCACUAUGAGGUCUGCGCAGACACCUGCUCCCUGGGCUGUUCGACCGUCACCACUCCGAUAGCGUGCCCAGACAGGUGCUCCGAGGGCUGCGAGUGUGACAGUGAGUACCUGCAGAGCUUCACGGGCUGUGUGCCCAUGGAGAGGUGUGGCUGCCACUACAGUGGAGUCUGCUAUGAGCCAGAGGAGUCCGUCCUCAUUGAAAACUGCCAGCGACAUUGUGUGUGCCACGCAGGAGAAGGCAUGGUGUGCAAGGAUCACAGCUGCAAGCCAGGACAGGUGUGCGAGCCCUCAGGAGGCGUCCUGACCUGCGUCACCAAAGACCCCUGCCAAGGUGUCACCUGUCGGUCACAGGAAACGUGCAGAGAGCGAGGUGGCAAGGGUGUGUGCGUGCCCAACUAUGAGGCCAAAUGUGGGGUGUGGGGAGACCCCCACUAUAACUCCUUUGAUGGCUUGAACGUCAGCUUCCAUGGGACCUGCAGCUACCUGCUGGCAGGAAGUGUCUGUCCUGGGCUCAGCGAUGACGGGCUAACCCCCUUCAAGGUCAUCACCAAGCAUGAGAGUCAGGGCAAUCCUGCUGUGUCCAACGUGAAGAAGGUCACCGUGACUACCUACAACUCCAGCAUCGACAUCCACAAGAAGGCGAUUGGCAGAGUCCAGGUGAAUGGAGUUCUGAUGGCCUUGCCCGUCUAUCCAGCUGGUGGGCGGAUUUCAGUGGUUCACGGAGGCUCCAAGGUUGUCCUGGAGACUGACUUCGGGCUUCAGGUCACCUACGACUGGAACUGGAGGGUAGAGGUCACGCUGCCCAGUAGCUACCACGGUGCAGUGUGCGGGCUCUGUGGAAACAUGGACAAAGAUCCUCAAAAUGACCAAGUCUUCCCUAAUGGCACGGUGGCACCCUCCAUACCCUCCUGGGGUGGCAGCUGGCAGAUUCCAGGGUGGGACCCUCUUUGCUGGAAUGAAUGCCAGGGUUACUGUCCAAUGUGUCCAGAGGACCGAAUGGAGGAGUAUGAGGGUCCUGGCUACUGUGGACCUCUGUCUCCUGACACCGUGGGACCCUUCGCCAGCUGCCACGCCCAUGUGCCCCCUGAGAGCUUCUUCAAGGGCUGUAUGCUGGACCUCUGCUUGGGUGGUCAAGUCAAAGACAUACUAUGCCAGGCACUGGCUGCCUAUGCCAAGGCCUGCCAGGCUGCUGGCAUCCAAAUCAUGGACUGGAGGACUCAGGCUGGCUGUGAGAUCGCCUGCCCUGACCACAGCCACUAUGAGCUCUGUGGCCCACCGUGCCCAGCCAGCUGCCCGCCCCCUGCACGCCACACAACCCCAGCUGCGUGUGACGGGCCCUGUGUGGAGGGGUGCCAGUGUGACCAGGGCUUCGUGUGGAGUGCUGAGCAGUGUGUUCCCCUGGACGGCGGCUGUGGCUGCUGGGUCAAUGGCACAUACCAUGAAGCAGGCACUGAGUUUUGGACUGAUGCCACCUGCUCUAAGAGGUGUCACUGCGGACCUGGAGGUGACUCCUUGGUCUGCACGUCUGCCAGCUGCAGACCAGAUGAGAAGUGUGCCUUGUUGCCCUCUGGCCAGCUCAGCUGCCAACCUAUAAGCAUAGCUGAGUGCCUGAUCUUGGGCGAUCCCCAUUAUGUCACCCUAGAUGGGCACCGGUUUGACUUCCAAGGCACCUGCGAGUACCUGCUGAGCGCACCCUGUCAUGAUCCACCCACGGGGACCGAAUACUUCAAUGUCACUGUUACUAAUGAGCACAGGGGCAGCCAGGCUGUCAGCUACACCCGUAGUGUCACUCUGAAUAUCUAUGGCCUCAGCCUGACCCUCAGUGCCCAGUGGCCAAGGCAGCUACAGGUGGAUAGAGAGACGAUAACCCUGCCUUUCCAGCUAGACUCACGACUGCUUGCACACCUGAGCGGCACAGGCAUGGUGGUGAACACCACCUUCGGGCUCGCGCUGGCCUUUGACAACAGUUUCGUGCGCCUGUACGUGCCUGAGGCCUAUGCAGGCGCCCUCUGUGGCCUCUGCGGGAACUACAACAAAAACCCCAAGGAUGACCUGUCUGCAGUGGAUGGGAAACCCGAGGGCUGGAAGGUGGGCGGAACCCCAGGCUGUGACCAGCCUGUGACUGGGACUUGCCCAAAGCCCUGCACACCUGAGCAACAGGAGCCCUUCCGUGGCCCCGACGCCUGCGGCAUCAUCUCGGCCCCCGGAGGCCCACUGGCACCCUGCCACAGCCUCGUGCCUCCCGCGCAGUACUUCAACACAUGCUUGCUGGAUGCCUGUCAGGUUCAGGGCCAUCCAGGAGGCCUCUGUCCUGCCGUGGCCACCUAUGUGGUAGCCUGUCAGGCUGCUGGGGCCCAACUUGGAGAGUGGAGGAAGCCAGACUUCUGCCCCCUCCAGUGUCCUGCCCACAGUCACUACCAGCUCUGUGGUGACUCCUGCCCUGUGAGCUGCCCAAGCCUCUCGGCCCCCAAGGGCUGUGAAACCACCUGCCGUGAGGGCUGUGUCUGUGACCCUGGCUUUGUGCUCAGUGGUGACACCUGUGUGCCCGUGGGCCAGUGUGGCUGCCUCUACAAUGGACGCUACCAUCUGCUGGGUGCCACCUUCUACCCAGGCCCUGAGUGUGAGCGGCUCUGUGAGUGUGGGCCAAACGGGCAGGUCACCUGCCAGAUUGAGUCCUGUGGUAUCCAAGAGGAAUGUCAAUUAGUGGAUGGCAUCCGUGUCUGCCAUGCCAAGAGUUCUAAAUUAAUGCUGGUCCUGGAUGGCACUCAUUACGCCACACCUGAUGGAUUGGUGUAUGACCUUCAUGGCUCCUGCUCCUACAUCUUGGCACAAGUUUGUCACCCGAAACCUGGAGAUGAGGAGUUUUCCAUUGUGCUUGAGAAGAACGCAGUCGGUGAACCCCAGCGAGUGGUAGUUUCCGUGGCAGGCCACAUUGUGGUCCUGGCUCCAGGGCCGCAGGUGACUGUGGACAGUGAAGUCGUGACCCUGCCCGUGGUGGUAAGCUCCUUGUAUAUAACUGUUGAGAGCCGGAACAUGCUUCUACAGACGAAACGGGGACUGAAGGUGCUCUUUGACGGCGAUGCCCACCUCCUCAUGGCCAUCCCUAGUUCCGUCCAUGGACGGAUGUGCGGCCUCUGUGGGAACUUCAAUGGGAACCCAAGCGAUGACUUCCAGCUGCCCAGUGGCACACUGGCCCCCAACGUGCAGGCCUUUGGCGCAGCGUGGCGAGCUCCCGGCUCCUUGCUGGGCUGUGGUGAAGGCUGUGGGCCCCAAGGCUGCCCUGUGUGCUUGGCAGAGAACAGAGAAGCAUUUGAGAAAGACGAAGCUUGUGGACUGCUCCGGAACCCCAAAGGCCCCUUUGCAGACUGCCACCAGGUUCUAAAUGCCACAGAAUACUUCCACCAAUGUGUGUUUAACCUGUGUGCCCAUAAGGGUGGCAAAACCUACCUCUGCCGUAGCCUGGCAGCCUAUACCACAGCCUGUCAGGCAGCGGGUGCAACCGUGAAGCCCUGGAGGACAGACAGCUUCUGCCCUCUCCAGUGUCCGGCCCACAGCCACUACUCCAUCUGCACGCGCUCCUGCCAGGGCUCCUGUGCGGCUCUCUCUGGCCUCACCCAAUGCACCACUCGCUGCUUUGAAGGCUGUGAGUGUGACGAUCACUUCCUGCUCUCUCAGGGUGUGUGCAUUCCUGCCCACGACUGCGGCUGCUCCUACAAUGGCCAAUACAUGCCGGUGAACACCUCCCUGAUGACCUCGGACUGCCAGGAACGCUGUUUCUGCUCCCCACGCGUCGGGCUGACAUGCCAUGCAACCGGCUGUCCAUCUGGCCGAGUAUGCCAGAUCCGAGCAGGAGUCCGGGACUGUUGGCCAGCCAAAGGUCUCUGUUCCCUCUCUAUGGGGACCAACCUCAUCACCUUCGAUGGGGCUCACAAUGUCAUCAGCUCCCCUGGUGCCUAUGAGCUUUCUUCUCGCUGCCCGGGACUCCAGAAGCCUGUGCCCUGGUACCGUGUGGUCGCUGAUGUCCAGUCUUGCGGUGGCAACAAGGUCGUGGGCAAGAUCCACAUCUUCUUCCAGAAUGGAGUCGUGACUGUGACCCAAAGCAAGGGCGUGUGGGUGACCGGUCUCCGAGUGGAUCUCCCAGCUGAUGUGCUAACAUCUGUGUCUGUGAGGAGGUUGCCCAGUGGCUCCGUGCUCGUCAACCAGAAGGCAGGGGUCCAGGUCUGGCUUGGAACAGACGGGCAGCUAAAUGUGAUGGUCGGUGAUGACCACGCGGCCGUGGUGUGUGGGGCCUGUGGAAACUUCGAUGGGGACCAGAAUAAUGAUGCACGUGGGAAGACAGCGAUGGAGAAGUGGAGAGCCCAGGACAUCUCCCCAUGCUCCGGCUGAUGAGUCACCACUGGACACUUCAAGACCUGCCUCUCCCGGAAGUGACAGUGAUUGAAGGAUGCCCUGUGUGUCCCCGCCCCGCCCCGCCCCUUUGCUGAGCCACCGAGGCCAAAUCUGAAAGCAUCGAGUAAAUAACUAGACCCAA